UUACCUAGCAUGCACAAAAUCAGGAGGUCAGCUUCAUUUCCCACCAUUUCCUAGCUGCAAGGUAUUUCAUAAUUCUCUUCCAUUUCUAAUCAGAUGAAAAUGCAACAUGUAAGCAUUAACCACAGAACAGAAAUAGGGAAGAAUAUGUAAAAAAGAAAAAAACUUCAAAAACUGUUUUCAAUAUAGUUGAUGUCACACAUUGCAUUUUAUAACGCCAGUCGAUUAGAUGUUUUGAACGUCAUUCAUUAAAAAUUGUGCACUCAGUCAGCCAAGCAUGAAUCAACACAUGACAGGCUACAAAGAAAUACCAAAGUAGAUGGAAACCUGAGAUGAAACAGAGUGAAGUAAUUGUGUUUUUUUUGCAUUAUCCUGAAGAUGUUCAUCAACAUUUUAAUUUAGCCAAAUGGCCACCAUUAAAAAAAAAAAAAGAGAGAGAGAGAGAGAGAGAGAGAGAGAGAAAACUUUGCUUUGACAAAAUCACGAUCGGUAGGGAAAAGCUUUUAAAAGAACCAAGUUAACAACGUCUGCUGAAGCAGUCCUUCAUGAAGGAUGUCCUGUGCAUUGUCUGCAGAAGGACCAAACUGAAAUAAUUCCUUUAGAUUUACAACCCUUUCCUCUAAUUCUUAGUUUGCAAACACGGCUGAGGUAUGGAAGAGAUGGUAAAGGCAAAUCUCUUGGAUCUCUGCUCCAUCCGCCGCUCGCUGUUGUAGGGCAGCAGAGCAAGGAGCCAGAGCGCAGCCGGAGCCGUCCCGCAGCUGCGCGCACCCAGGGCACGCCGAGGGGUGUGCACCAGUGUCACGGCGCUGCUGGCUGCAGCACCUGGAGGGGUUUGGCAUGGGCAGCAUCCUGCUCCAGCCCGGGUGGCAUGCUCUGGAGAUGCACCGCUCCCACAAGCCGUGACUUGAACCCGCAGCCGCCUGCUUGAGCGAAGAUCGGUGCGCGGCCCCGAAGGAGCCGAACGGGUUGAGUGACUUCAGGCCGUGGGAGGAAUUGGGAGGAAUAAUCGUCCCGGGCUGCAGGGAGAGCUCAGGCAGCCCGGCUGGGCGCGGAUGUCGCUGCAGCUCCCCGCGUCUCUCCAAGGGUAGCUGCCUGAGCCCAGGGUUUCGGUGCCGGUCUCGCGGGUGCGCAAAGGCGUCGUGUCGGCUGCCCGUGUCAUGUGGAUGUCCCCGGCGCGGCCCGUGACGGGAGCCCUGCACUGAAGAUGGAUGAUUUGGCUCUGCUCGACCUGUUGGAGUGCCCGGUGUGCUUUGAAAAGCUCGACGCCACAGCAAAGGUGCUGCCGUGCCAGCACACUUUCUGCAAGCCUUGUCUGCAGAGGAUCCUGAAAUCCCAGAAGGAGCUCCGGUGCCCUGAGUGCAGGACGCUCGUCCUCUGUGGCAUCGAGCAGCUCCCGUCCAACCUGCUGCUCAUUCGCCUGCUGGAUGGAGUCAGAUACGGACAGAAUGUUCCCCGGUUCGGCUCAAUGCAGAGGUCGGGGCUCCUGUCCUCCCCCGCCUCCAUCCGGAGGCUCCCGCGGGGUCUGCAGCUCCACCAGCACCGGCUGGCGACCAGCCCCAGGAUCCACAUGGAUGGGGUUCCACGAGCCAAGGCAUUGUACACCUACCGAGGGCACAAUCCCGGCGAGCUGAGGUUCAACAAAGGGGACAUCAUCAUGCUGCUCCGACAGCUGGAUGAGAACUGGUACCUGGGUGAGGCCAACGGGAUCAGCGGUGUUUUCCCAGCCAGCUCUGUACAAGUCAUCAAGCACCUGCCCCUGCCACCACCCCUCUGCAGAGCACUUUACAACUUUGACCUGAGAAGCAGGAACAAAAGUGAAAACAAAGAGUGCCUGACAUUUCACAAGGGUGAUAUCAUCACCGUCAUCAGCAGAGUUGAUGGAAACUGGGCAGAGGGCAAGUUAGGCGACAAAGUAGGGAUCUUCCCUGUCCUGUUCGUGGAGCCCAACACGACGGCCAGGCAGCUCCUGCAGACCAGCAAGAGCCACUGGCCGCCCCCGUUUAAGUGCGCGUCGCUGCGAACGGCCUCUCCCAAAGCGAAGGGCAGGGAGCCGCCCGCGCUCCACAAGGCGCCCGACUCCCGGCGGAAGAGCCUGCGGCCAUUCUCCAUCACCACCGCCCUCAACACCCUGAACCGUAUGGUGCACGCGCCCACCGACCGGCCGGCGCUGGAGAUCAGCUCCCCGGUGCUCAUCAGCUCCAGCAACCCCAGCGUGGCCGCCCCCAGCAGCGAGCAGGCGGACGCCCCCCAGGGCUCCCCUGCCCAGGUCAGUGCAUCUUACUACCCCGCUUCAGGAUCGCUGGGGCACUCAGCAGCCAUUGUCACUCUUCCCCACCUGCAGCACCACCUAUCAGCCAACAUGUGCGUGGCUCUCCACUCUUACAUGGCUCACGGACCAGACGAGCUGGAGCUGCAGAAAGGAGAAGGGGUCCGCAUCUUUGGGAAAUACCACGACGGCUGGCUGCGGGGCAUGUCGCUGGUCACAGGAAGAGUGGGGAUCUUCCCGAGCAACUACGUAGCUCCUCUUUUCAGCAGGAAACCCAGCCUCUCCGACUCGAAGCUGCCUUCCCUGUAUGCCUCGUGGACGCUGUCGACCGCCUCGCUCUCUUCCCAGGGGAGCAUCUCGGAGAGCGGCCAGCGGCAGAGCCGGCCGCUGAAGGUGGCUGCGCUGCCCGUGCCCGUGCCCUCACCCGGCAGGAGCGUGGCCGCGCUGGGGGGCACGGGGCAGGCGUCGCUGCGGCGCGGCCGCGGCAGCACCAGGAAGAAUGGGUCCCUGCAGAGGCCGGGGCAGCCAGGGGGCCCCGCGCAGGCUGCCGGCUCCCUGCGGCGUCCUCCCACGGCCACGGUGCGACCUCAGCAGUUUCAGCUCUAUCAGCACAUCAGCGCUCAGCCGCACAGCAUCCCUCCUGCAGCUGGCGUGGCUGAGGCAGGAAUGAGGCCAAACUUCUCCCACGAUGCUUCACCAGUGCUUGUGGUCAGAGGAGGGGAAAGCAGAACUCCUUCUGUCUGUAGCUCAGUGAUCCUGGAUGCCAAAGACCCUCCAGCAAAGAGUGAGCCAGCCCCAAAGCCGCCUGCGUCAGCUCCACCGUCCAUCCUGGUGAAACCAGACACCUCCCGGAACAGCACCGAAAAGCAGGUGAAGACGGUGAGGUUCCAGAACCACAGCCCCCCGCCGCCCAAGCGGCACAGCCUGCAGCCCUCCCCACGCCUGCCCCGCAGCAGGACGGAGCCGGCACCCGUGGUGGAGCCCCCGCUGCCCGAGGGGAGCCCGCCGGGCCCCGAGCUGCCAGCGCUGCCCUCGCCCCGGCUCGGCGCCAGCCCCCUGCACCCACGCAGGGCGCUGCACCCGAAGGCGGCAUCGCUGGACCUCUCGGGCCAGCUGACCUUCCCCAUCAGGAAGAGCUACAGCAGCGUCUCUGCGAACUGACAGGGCUUUUUCUGUUUGUGUAGCAGGAAGCUGUCUUCUCCCCAAAAGAGGGAUUUUCAAUAGCGCGGAAAUAACCAGUGGCACUGAUAAGUUCUUUGCCUGCUGCUGUCUGUCACUAUUUAAGGUCCUGCAGAAAAAUCCUGACAAACUGAAAAAGUGCACUUUUCCCAGGUAUAAAAGGUGGUGCAAGUGGCAAAUAAGAGGGUGAAGACAGCCCUUAGCAAUGCCAUUUCAGUGAGAACUGAACAGCCCAGAGAAAAUGGCAGCUCUUCGCUGAAGAUUCCUCUCAACCCUUUAAAACUAAACCAGAAAACCUCAUACGAUGUCUCUAUAACAAGAACAACUGCACCUCUCCCAGCCACAGUCAGAAAUAAACAGAAUUGCAUUAAGUAUGUCCAGGAUCAUCCCAGUUAGUAAUUUAUAGUGUUAGUGUGGAGGGGAAGGAGGGGCUGCCGGCUCACGCCUGGCUCCAACCAUCACUUAGUGCAUGCUAAUGAAAGGAUGGAUGGCUUGGUGUGACCUCACCCGUAACCUGCUGACGAAGCAUCCAAUGCAUUUCAACAGCUGACCUCCCCUGAGACUCAUUCAAGACAGUGGCAUGGGUGGUUGGAGCUACACAUGAGAGUUAAUUAUGCAGAUAGAAAUGCUGCCAAAGAGGGAGCAGCAGGAAAUGUGAAGCACAGCUCGGUGCUGAGAAGGGACAGCACACGUAGGGAAGCAAGAGGAAUGUCUGCAUUUUACUGCCCCCAGAAAGAGCAUCCUCGCCUCCCGCUAGUACAGCAGAGCCCAGCCUAACGCGACAGCCCCGGCUGCGCUGCUUGCCGAGCAGAGGCGCCUGCUGCGAGCUGCCUGUGCCGGGAGGGACCCAGCCGGUUCGCUGUGCCUGCUGCCCCUCCUGGGUGGGCUUUUACACCCGACAGCAAGAGGCAGCCUCGAGCCCACCAGUACCAGCAGAGCACGGGGUCCCUCAAGAGCCAGCAGCGAGAUACUGGCCUGGGGAUCCUGCAGCAGCUCUGAUCGGAGAUCUUCGCCUGUUGCCAGCAAUUAGCUCUGCCCUGCAAGACCCCAGUGCCCGUUUCAUCAGGACCUCAAAAGGAGCCUUCCUCGAGAGCAGGGAGCGCAUCAGUGACUGCAGACGCUCGGGAGCUCAGCGCAACCUGCAUGCAGAGAGGUGUUUGAACAUGAGCGACAAAGAGAAAACAGCAUGCAGGAAAUCCCUGGGGCUUCAGGCAGAGACGUACGCUGAAGUCACCUUGUAAAUUUAAUCUACUAGUGGGGCGGGUUCCCACAAGAGGCGGGCAAUGAGGAAGAAUCUGAAGUUGUUUGGGGCUGCAAAAUGAGAAACAGAAAGAGCAACCCGCGGAACUGCCUGUGGGCCCCUUCCUCAUGCCUCAUACCUGCCACCAAAGCCCAGAGGGGAGGAAAUACAGCAUCACCGUUGGCCCGAUUUGUCAGGUGCACUAAGCCAAGCCUCAGUAGACACCGUGAGCAUCAGGAAAAUCCAAAGGUGCUCAGCAUGCCUUAAGACUUAAUAAGCCAUAAAGUCUGAACAUCCGAGCUCACAACAGCUGGAUGCUGCUCAUAACGUUGUCAGCUCAGAACAUUGCCUUUCAUGGAACAAAGCCACGCUCUUCCACCAAGAUAAACAGCAAUAAGGUUUCAUAGACCCAUGCACACAGGGAAGCUUGCAAAACUGCUCAGCCCAUUACACGGCACUGACAACUUAACACAAAAACACCAAAAAGCACCACAGAUCUCUCCCAGAGCUGACCCACUGCAUUAUGGCAACACAUGACAGCGUUGGGCUGAUGGGGAGAGAAAAAGCUCUGGCACUUGUGCACAUGCAUGCACACACACACAGAGUCACAGGCACCAAGAGGGAAAGGAAGCACUGACAAUGAAAUUGGUGCUUUGGUAAAAAAAAGCAGGAAUCUAUUUUGGGACAGAUUUCAGAGUUUCUUGCACAAGAUAUUUCAGUGCUUUGAUGCUAUGGUGAUAAGUUCCCUAAAUGUAUCCAAAAUGUGCAGGAAGAAAGAACUGAAAACAGGACACAUUUUAAAGCAACAGCUCCAAUAAGCGUCUUACUGACAUCAUCCAGCACUCCCAGCGACACACGUACCUGCCCACUGGUUUAAUCCUGCAGCCCAGUGCAAAAUGGUGGAGCGUAGCAUCUGGACUGGAUUAUUUCACUAAGGAACACUGCAGGCACAAGGAGCGAGGGUUCAAGAGCUUUCUUGCAAAAAUCCAGGCUAAAAGGGAACCCCCAGAGGGAGAUAACCUGCAGCUGUGUCACAAGCGCUGAGCAAGGCAGUGCCCCACAAGCAGUCCUCAUCGACACAGGAAGGCUGAUCACACCAGGGAAAACAUCCUCGGGGUCUGCCAGGAGCAAUUCUCUAAGUGCACCAGACCAGAAAUGUCUCUUCUGGAACAGUUACUCUAAUCACCUGUAUUCUGUGAGCAGAACAACCACACAGGGAGAGCUUGGAGCACAGACAAACAGCAUUUUCUUGGUUCAGCUCUGGGCUGGGGACCAGAAGUGCACUCCAUCUCUCAUGAAGCUCUGCUCCAAACCCCUGUCCGUCCUCUGGCUGCUCUCAUUUUUUUACUUUUUUUUUUAUUGUUAGCAAUGUAAAGGGAGCAUCACAUGUUGGCAGGAGGGUGGUAGCUCUGCAUGGAGGUGGGCGAGCUCUUUAAGGGUGUAUGUUCAUUUUCAUAUGUAUAUAUUUAUCUUCCCUCCUCUCUUCCCCUCUUCCAGACUCUCUUCAGCCCAAUUUCCCCAGUGAAGAGAGGUUAGACACCAGCACCGUGACCCUGCUGCUGCAUCUCCUCCAGCAGGCCGGGAAGGACCGGACCCCCACCCGGGCUGCUCCCUGCAGCGGUGCAGCCCCAGCCCCGCUCACUGAACUGCCCAGGCUCAGCCCUGCCUCACCGUGACCCAGCUUAUGAAGUCCAGAGCGCAAAGGAAACAACAUUAGGAAAGGCAAAAUACAAUUGCAACUGCACUGCAGCAUAAUGUAUUUCUGUAAUGAAAAUACAUUGUUCUCUGCCUCCCUGGCUGAAUGCGAAGGCACUCGGUUGCUGGGGGCUCCGACCAUCUGCAGCAUCACGUUUGUCAGGGAGCGCAGGGAAAGAGCUCUGGAAAAGCACACAGAGUAGCACACGGGGACAGAGGGACCCUUAAUGAACCUCUCUCAAGUUCCUGAGUUGGGCUUAUUUUCUAUCUGCUCAUUUCUUAUGAUUAGUUAAUGAAUUGGAGCUGAAUCAGACCAUUCAUCAGCUCUGCUUUAAUUGCCUGCCUAGCCUGGCAGAAACCUAGGAGCACUUCAAUAAGUAACCUACCCCCCUGAGCUUGAACUGCAGUCAUGUUUCCUGAUGAAGUACGAACAAAGGCAGCAGAGGUAACAAAACAUAGCGUUAACUAAUUCCCUCCCCACACUUCAUGCGGUGGACAACUCGUCUCAGGCAUGGGGGUGAGGGGAGCCCCCCAGCCUCCUGGAGCUGCACCCACAGUGCUCCCUCCCACGGCUGCCCUGGGGAAAAUAAAAGCGAUAAUGCUCAAUGUCAGAAGGGAAUUCUGCACGGCCAUCUCAGAGGGAAGCUGGCAGGCUGCUCUCCUAGGAGCUUGAGAACUGUAGCCAGACUGGGGUCUAUAAAAUAUCCCUGGGGACCAGCGCCUGCUCUGUGAUGAAGAGGAUCUCAUUAUUCCUUGGUCAGAGGACAGAAGUCACGUAAGAGGAUGCUGCAUCCAAAGCAACACAAUGCAUUUAUGAUCACAUCUUGUCACGUGCUGAAAAAUGCCAGAAAGGUGCUACUGGAAACAGCAUUGACUUCAAGAGGGCAAGGGCAGGCUCAAGGCUUUGCUAGCUGGGAUCACGUUGGUCUGACAAACACAAGUGCUACUGGUAGCUCAAUAAUUAUGAAACCCUGCUGUGAUUUCUGUCUUCCAGUUGCUGAGCCUUUGACAGUCAUUCUCAAGAGUUUCUUCCUCUUUUAUAAAUGGAAGUCAAGGGUUUUUUUUCUUUCAUAGAUGAUCACAUGAUUCCAAGAACAUGGGACUUUAAAAAAGGUAUCACAAUACUGAUAAGUUAGUGAAAGACCACAUUGUGCAACACCAGGUAUUUACUUCUUUCACUCUCCCAACCACCCUGCUCUCCCUUUAGUAAUGGGCCAUUUUCUAAAAUAUUAGGAAACCAUCAAACAAGCAAACUAUAAGGCUGUAGCUCAUUGAGACAUCCAAUCCAUGAUAUAUUCUCAGUUACCAGGUGCUCUAAUGAACACUUAUUUCCACGUGUUUCAUUUCCUGACCUGAUCUUGUUCAGUUUUUCAUAAGCCACCAACCCAAAAGUUAAAGCACCAAGCACCUCAUCUAGAUUCAGAAAAAUCCAAGAAAUUAGCUGGAGAGAAAAGCCCAGGAGCACAAGCAGUCCGCCCCAACGAGCCCCCUCUCAGCCCCACAGCACAAAGGGGCCGCAGGACUCCUUCCUCUCCUUCCUCCAAACGGCCCGGGGCAGAGCCCCCUCGCCCCAGCCCUUUUCUGUACCUAGGUCCAGGAAAGUGAAAGGGACAAAUCUGGCCUCAAAACAUUUAGGUUGGACACACCAGAGCAGCCCAGGAAUGAGCAAGUUCCUAUGUACAUUUAUCAAUAUUUUAGAAGGUUUAUUCAUUGCCAUAUAGUUGAGGUUCAUUUGUGCCACUACAUAUAUUAAAUGUAAUAAUAGCUAUAUAGACUUUAAGUCAUGUGUCCCGUCCCUGUCCCCCCCACCCCCCAAGUCUCAGUAUUUCCCCCGUUUAAAAGGUAGCAUUUCCAAACGCUCGGCAAACCAGCGCUCAGAACCCAGCGCUCCCUGGGUGAAGAUAUCGGGACUUACAGGACGCGUCAGCAGAAGCUCGCACAAGCCGAGUGCUCCGACUGUACCUGCUUCAAACAGAAAGUUGUGGAGAAACCAGAAACCACCGUUUGGUCUGGCACACAGGACACCUAACAGCAGUUGCACUGAUGAAGACUAUACACUUAAUAAAAGCAGACGAAAGAUCUAUUAAUACCAAACUUCCAACCUAAAUACAUUUUAGAGACAGUAAGGAUCAAUGGAUAGCGAUUUACCUUGGUCACCUGCAUAACAGACCAGUGAAUUUUGUUGCCUACUUUCUGCAUUGAGCCCAGGAAACAUUACAGUGAAAUGUUACUGCCAUGUUACUAUAAAUAAGAAAACAGAAAUGACUAUUUUUACAUGCAUAUGUUUAGAAACAGUAAGAUAUAUAAUCAUUUCUUAUUUGGUGAUGGGUAGGAAAAAAAAAUAGAAUACAUAUAUUUACUUUAUUGUUUGGAGAUACUUGUACAAAUUCAGUGAUGCUUAAUAUUUUUUCCAUGAUGUGAAGUUCAUUUUUUAAAAAGGCUUUUUCAAUUUAUCGUACU